GGAAAAGAUGUUUCAACUAUUCUAGGUUAUAGUGAUACUGACCAGUCUAUUAGAAAACAUGUUGACUCUGAAGACCAAAAAUCUUUUCCCGUCGUUUCGACGGGUUAUUCCAAAAGAGGUAGACCUCCUAUUUUUAUAAAUGAAUCUGGUUUCUACUCCCUUUUGUUAUCCUCUAAAUUAGAAACAGCUAAGAAGUUUAAACAUUGGGUAACUUCACAAGUCCUUCCUUCAAUAAGAAAAUAUGGACAGUACAAAAUAUUUGAUAGUCCUUGGAAUAAGAUGAUAAUGAUUGGUAAUGAGACAGAUCUUCAUUACAAAGUUGUUCAACUAAUUAGAAAUUUUUAUCCUGAUUCUAUAUUAGUAGCUGGACUGGGAGAGAAUCAAGAUACUGAGGAAAAGAGACUAGAUUCAUAUAAGANACAGCAAACGGUCAUGUAUUAG